AAAAGCUGUUUAUAAAUCAUGUAUUUUCAAUAUUAAAAUAUAAUUAAAUAGAUUAAUAAAUUAUAAACGGAAAGAAUCAGAACGACAAAGAAAGAUUAGAGUUAAUUUCCUUUUAACUUACAAAGAUGGCGGAUAAAUACUUCAGACUUGUGUGUUUUGUGGUGAACAUAUGUCCAGAACCUCUAAGAGAAUUUUUCAUCAAGCUUGCUAAGGAUGAUUCUAGCAUAUCUUAUACGGGCAUCGGUGCAUACCUUUCUCAUAGACACCCAGACGUGUUGAAACUUAAGAGGAAGAGAAAGAUUAGAGAUGAUCAGUAUGACUUACUGUAUCCUGUUCAAGGCACCGCUGAUGUAAACAAGUGGGAUGUUACCCUUCUUAUUACAUUGAUUACGGAAAUGUUUGAUGCAAGUCUUCAGCCAAUGCAAACAUAUCUUAUGAAUGAAAUUCGUGGGAUAAGAAACCAAUUGCAGCAUCUUCCAAACACAUCAAGCAUGUCCGACGAAGAUUUUGAUAUCUAUUGGGGACGCCUUGAUACAGCGGCCAUGACUUUAGCUAAGGAGAUGUUUAAUGCUACACAUGAAGCUGAGUUUCGCCAGAAAAUUUGUGAUGCUAAAACUAGUCACCUACCAGAUCUUGGUGAUGCUUUACGGAAAUGGUAUGAAGAAACAAUUCGGCAAAUGGCGGACACAAUUCAGGAACUGAAAAUCAAAUUAGAUGAAGUUGGAUCCAAUACAAGGGAAGCGACGUCAAUUCUACGGAAGGUGACUGUAGAAAAACCAGGGCCUGCAGGGGACAAAAACAAAAGAAUAAAAACUGCAGACAGCAUCCUGAUGAAACUUCAAGCAAGUUUUGAAGCGACACUCAAGGAAUUUCCAGACAGUUUUAAUGCACCUUCAGAAGUUGCCGACAUCCGAACAAAGCUAAGAGAUAAUCAUCGCGUGAUUGUAACCGGAAGUGACAACAGUCGUUACUUUGAAACAACUCUUGCGGCCAUAAAAGGAAUGAAUUACAAUUAUAAACGAAGUGUCGAAAUGCACAAGUCUUCGGACUGGCGCCAUAUCGAUCCUGAAGAUGUUGAUUUGGUUCUAUGCAUAAAUCCGUUUGGAAGUUUUUCGUAUGAUGAAAACAAGGCUAAAAGUAUGGCUGAUAUAUUCAACAGUAUGAUGCAUACUACGAAAGAAGACGGUGACAGAUGUUUAGAUAUAGUCAUGAUAACAGACUCGAAGAUUCUGGCGGUAUGUAAACAACUUCAUGAUCACGAUAUCCUUGAAGACGUUGUCAAGGUGUUUGAUGAUACAAGCGAAACUCAUCCGGCAGACCUUACACUUGAGUGCAGAAAUCAGGAUGUGCACUCAACUUGUUUGGCAGUUAGAAACAACUUGAAAGUCAUGACCUGCAACUUCCUGAAGCAAUAUAGAAUCUGCAGCGUUCAGGUUGACGAAGAAAUCCUCAGGAAAAGUAGACUUAAAUUCAAGGCAUGUAAAGCUAUUGUGCUGACAGGUCCCAAGAAAUGCGGAAAGACAUCAGUAGCAGUUGCCUUAGCUUCUUCUUAUGAACCUUCACAAUGUGUACUUCUGGCUGAACCAAACGAUUUUAAGACAACUGAUUUGAAAAAUACCUGUUUGGUAAUCAUUGAUGAGUUUGCCGGACAGUACUGUUACAGUAAAGAAGACGUAUACAAAUGGUACAGCAUGUUUAACCAUGUGUAUAAUGCCAUUACGGCAGGACAGAUGAACGCGAUAAUUACGUGCGAAAGAAGCAAACUUGACAAAUGUUGCGUGGAGAUUUCACCACACCCUUUGCUUGAACACAGAGUAGACAUGCCCGAACGUACCACUACCAUCAAACAGGAGAUGGUACUUCAGAAUACAGAAAUUGUACCAGAUCAGAUGUCUAGCAUUCAUGGACAUGAAAGGGUUCGAAGAGUUAAACAUACCCAAGCAAGUUUCCCCAGUGCACCAACACAAUCUGCACGAAGACUAAAGCCUUCACAGUCGAGGCCGGUCCAAUGUGAAAUAACGCAACACAACGUUUGUGUAAAUGGAGACAAAGCGCAUUGUGUCAUUCGAGUUCGGGGAACCACUUGUACACAUUGAAUGAUUCAGAACUCCAUGAAGCCAGUGGAGUUUGUGUAGAUGGCGAAGGUCAUGUCCUGGUAUCUUGCUACGAAACCCCAUCCAAAAUAUUACAAUUAAGUUCUGAUGGUAAACGGAUAUUUGGAAUUAUAGCAGACGAAUCAGAUGGCUUAGAAUAUCCAGGAACAUUGCUUUUUGAUAACGAAAAUAAAGUCGUGAUAGCAGCUGGUUUCUAUAAUUACAUCUGUGUUUUGAAAAAACAGCAAUAAGCCAUAACUGUAAGUUGACUAUAUUGUUGAUAAUAUACUAUAUUUUUAAAAGUCAAUACAUUGUACAUGUUUUAGAGCCAUGAUCGACUGUGUGUUAUUUAACGACAAAAAUUUUCAAUCUUGAUUGUACCGCUAAUAUUAAUAUGUAAUUGUCAGCGACGGUCAAAUUCUGUGAACUGCUAUGCACGCGCUCUGUUUUGUUUGUUUUUGAUUUCCACAAUAAAUCUGGAAUAGCCCCCUUUCAAUUAGAUAAAAGAAAAGUGAAAACUACAUGUAUCUACAUUGUACGUAUAUAAGUAUGACUGUCGAAUAAUAUCAGCGAGUGAAAAUGUGAUAAAUAUACUACUCGAUGUAUGAUUUCAAAUCAGACUAUGAUCAUCUUGAGCGGUGUUACUACAAAAGAGUAAAGAUGCUUUGUUUCCUGAAUAAACCAUCCAAGCAGAUUCUGCAAGAAUUUAAAAUGUUGAUUCUUUUCCAUCUUAAUGUUUAUAUAUAUGUAAGCGGAAACUAUAGUCCAUGUUCUACCUCAUAUAGGGUGCCCCUAACGAUAAAAUGUAAGGGUAGACAAGCAGGAAAAAACAACAAAUUUGGGUACCGCACAGGGAUGACAGGCAUGCAAAAAAUGGUGGACACCAAACUCACUUAUGGCAAAAGGACAGUGAGCGUAAAUGCAAGGGGGCGAUGGUGGAGAAGGAGAGGAAAGAAACAUCAACAAAUAAAAUGAGACAAUAUACUCAUGAACAUGAAAAAGGACAAGGAAAAAAAUGAAACUAAGGAUUUAAAAACGUUCAGGGCAUGUCAUCCUUGCACUUACCAUACUUUCAACAAGACAUUGUAAAUAAAAUAACUCUUCGCUGAGAAAGGCUCUAACAUUCAUGACAAAAUAGCAAACUAAGUCAAGUAAAAUAUAUAUUUAGUGUAAAAAAAUUACACAUUGAUUAAAAUAAUAAACAUUAUUAUCCGAAGUCUAUACACUGCAUAGUAUGGGUGUUGUGUAAGACCAAGGUUUAGAAAUUUUUUAAGUUUGUGUUAUUUUCCAUUAUCUGAAAUAAAACUUAGUGAAAACCUUC